GACACACAAAGCUGUAGCGUUUCCGGCCAGCUCAGCGCGUCAGUCCUGCGGUGUUGUCAGUUUACAGCCUGUCAAACACUGGUUUCAGGAACCCGGGGUAUUUGGCGUGCAGCUGACGAAUAGUGGUACAUUUCGCAGAGAUGGUGCUGCUGACGAUGAUCGCUCGGCUGGCCGACGGGCUGCCGCUGGCCGCUUCCAUGCAGGAGGACGAGCAGGGAAGUGAAAAGGUUUGUUGUGCCUCUGCUCUGUGCUUCAUCAUCCUGGGUCGUGAUCUUCAGCAGUAUCAGAGUCAAGCUAAGCAACUCUUCAGGAAGCUCAAUGAGCAAAGCCCCACACGCUGCACGUUAGAGGCCGGUUCAAUGGCAUUUCACUAUUUUAUAGAGAAGGGAGUGUGCUACCUUGUGCUUUGUGAAGCCAGCUUUCCCAAGAAGCUAGCCUUUGCUUACCUAGAAGACCUGCAGGCUGAGUUUCAUGAGCAGCAUGGAAAGAAGGUCCCCACAGUAUCCCGGCCUUACUCGUUCAUUGAAUUUGACACCUACAUCCAAAAAACCAAAAAGUCAUACAUUGACAGCCGAGCCAGAAGGAAUCUGGGCAGCAUCAACACAGAGCUCCAGGACGUACAGAGGAUUAUGGUGGCGAACAUAGAAGAGGUGCUGCAGAGAGGAGAGGCUCUUUCUGCACUAGACUCCAAGGCCAGCAACUUGUCUAGCCUGUCGAAAAAGUACAGAAGCGACGCCAAGUAUCUGAAUACCCGCUCCACCUAUGCCAAGCUGGCAGCCGGGGGUGUCUUUUUCAUCAUGCUCAUUGUCUAUGUACGCUUCUGGUGGCUCUGAGAGAGGAAAGAGAAGAAGAAGAAGAGGGAGGAGGUACUGAAGUGGAAAAUGGGCUGCACAGAGUCUGCAGACACUAAGAAAAGCUGUCACCUUCAACUAAAAAAACAGGAUUCCUGUUCUUAAUAAGACUUUACACACAUGCCACCGCCCAUUUUGUUCUCGCCUGUUCAUGGAUGUGUGAUCUGAAUAUAAAUGAUGUCAUAGUACAUAGUUUUAUUAAUAACAGUUACUCAACAAUGCUCCUGUAGUAGCCCUGGAUUUGUGUGUGUGUGUGUGUGUGUGCGUGUGUGUGUGCGUGUGUGUGUGCGUGUGUGUGUGCGUGUGUGUG